AUGGCGAAGAGCGGGGUGUUUUUGCUAUUUAUCGUGUUGUGUUUUACUCCUGUUCGAAAGGCAUUCAUCAUCGAAAGUUGCGUCGGGACUGCUGUGUUUGGAUCUCUAGCUUAUGUGGCGCCAAAAGUUUGGUGUCGUUUUAAAGAAUGUUGCACAGAUAGAUGGAUCUCGGCGAACAUCACCGGUCUGCAGUCAGCUCUACGCCGGCGCGUGUUUGGACAGCAUUUAGUCACCGAGACAGUGCUUAAGGCAAUAGUUGGACAUCUGAAUAAUAAAUCACCGAACAAAGCUUUGGCACUCUCUUUUAACGGCUGGACCGGAUCAGGGAAAAACUUUGUUAGCAAGAUCAUUGCAGAGCAUAUUUUUAGGGAGGGGAUGGAAAGUAAAUUUGUCCAUCAAAUCAUUGCCACCCUUGACUUCCCACACCAGUCGGAUUUGGACCGUUAUAAACGAUAUCUGCGUAGUUUGGUUUCUAGUUCAGUGUCACAGUGCUCAAGGUCGCUGUUCAUUUUUGACGAAAUGGAUAAAAUGCCGAUCGGUCUCAUAGAUGUACUAAAGCCCUACUUAGACCACUACCCUGAUGUUGGCAAAGUUGACUUUCGAAGAAGUAUUUUUAUAUUUUUGAGCAAUACGGGAGGACAUCUGAUCAAUGACGCAGUCCUCCGACACUGGAAAGAGGGAAAGAAGAGAGAAGACAUUGGUAUUAAAGAGAUGGACAAGGUUGUUAACCUUGGCGAGUUUAAUACUAAAGGUGGUUUCUGGCAUUCAUCGCUCAUCGAGAAAAAUCUUAUAGAUUAUUUUAUCCCAUUUUUACCUUUGGAGAGAUCUCAUGUUAAAAUGUGCGCUAAAGUAGACUUGGAAAAGAAAGGACAUCCAGUUACUGAACAAGUCCUUAACAACAUUGCAGAUGAACUAUUAUACUUCCCAGAAGACUUAAAGGUCUUUUCUCAGUCUGGUUGUAAGAAAGUAUCGAGCAAAGUUGACUAUAUCAUGCUUUAG